AUGAACAAAGGGAGUAACUAUUUUAUGCUUGAUACAGAUGUGGCAGCACCGAGAAGCAAGUCAAUUUGCGACUUCAGCAGUGAACGCAUGGACAUCUGUAACAUGCAAGGCGACGUCCGUAUGCACGGCAAGUCCGCCACUGUGUACGUGGUCUCAGUGUCUGAUGACAGCUACCGUCCAGAGAACGGGACGGUGAAGAUCCGCCCGUACCCGCGCAAGUCGGAGGAAGGAACGAUGCAGACUAUCCGGGAGGUGAGCAUCCGCUGGAGCGAGCUGGAUGCGCCACGGUGCACGGUGACGCACGACGUCCCCGCGGUUGUCUUCUCCACCGGGGCCUACCUCAACAACUUUUUCCACGCCAUGACCGACGGCAUCAUCCCUCUCUUCAACACUGUGAGGGAGUACGAUGGCCACGUCCAGCUUGUGAUCACCGACUACAACCGCAAGUGGGUUGACAAGUUCCAACGCAUCCUUGCCGCGCUCUCCAAGUACCCGAUCAUCAACUUUGACACCGACGAAAAGGUGCGUUGCUUCCCGUCGAUGCACGUCGGCACCGAAGGCCAUAAGGAGAUGGGGAUCAUCCCUGCUCUCUCCCGCAAGGGCUACACGAUGACGGACUUUCGGAAAUUUCUUCGGUCGAUCUACUCGCUGAAGCGUGAGUGGUCGACCCCUGUAAACCGGACCUCCGGUGACAGGCCUCGCCUCCUCAUGAUUCUGCGCCGCAACUCGAGGGCGUUCGCGAAUGAGGCGGAGGCCGUCGCAGCUGCCAUAGAGGUCGGCUUCGAGGUGGUGUCGGCGGAGCCGCAGGUCGUGAGCGACAUGGCCCGGUUCGCAGAGGUCGUGAACUCGUGCGACGUGAUGGUGGGUGUGCAUGGCGCGGGGCUCACCAACCUGGUGUUCCUCCCGCGCAACGCGACGUUGGUGCAGGUCGUCCCGUGGGGCGACAUGAGCUGGGGAUCCAAUGCUGCCUUUGGUGCACCGUCGGCUGACAUGGGGCUCCGGUACGUCCAAUACGAGACGACCCCCGAGGAGACGACGCUCAAGUACAAAUACCCGAGGGACCAUGCUAUCUUCACCGAUGUCGCCUCCAUAAACAGGCAGGGGUACGGUAUGACGUGGGAGCUCUUCCUCAACGGCCAGAACAUCACCCUCGACAUCAACCGCUAUAGAGGGGUGUUGCAGCAAAUCUACCAUGAUAGUAUAAUGGUCGAUACUUCAGCUAACUAG